AUGGAGCAAGUUCUUCGAGAAGCGAUGAACUCUGUCAAGGUGCCCACCUCGCGAGACCGCGUUUACAAGAACGAAUGCAUGUUCUCAUUUGACACCCCUGAGAGCACUGAUGGUCUGUACACAUCUUUAACGACCUGGCAGUCGUUUGGUGCAGACUAUGUCGACCUUGACUAUGAACGUCACCAGAAUCCGCUCUACGUCAAGCAAGUAUGGAAGCGCGUCGCAGUCGAUGAAACUUCUGAGGACGAAGAAAUGACACACACAAGCAUCCCAACGAAGAUGGCAAUAGGUGUCAAAGGCGGUUUCGAUAUUAACAAGAAGUCGUAUGACCAGCACGUUACAAAUUAUCUUUUCGUUAUGCCGCAGCGGAAAGAAAUUAUGCUACCUUGCGAUGAAAUUCCUACAAUGAUCACGCUUGCAAUUGAUGGAGUUCUUAACCAUCAAGGGUUCGAGCAGGUCGCACAACUAGCCGCGGCUUGGGAAGAGGAAGAUAGGAAGGAAUCGAGGUACGCCAAAGAUUUGGUACAGUUGGAACUUGGGAAGAAAAUUUCGCCCGAUCCUAAACUUUGGAAGUGCGAGGAAUCUGGAAUGACUGAAAACCUUUGGCUCAAUCUCUCGACCGGUUACAUUGGUUCAGCGCGAAAGAAUUUUGACGGUAGCGGUGGUACUGGCGCAGCUUUGAAGCACUUUGAAGAGACGGGAGGAAAGUAUCCAUUGGUAGUCAAGCUCGGCACAAUUACUCCCUCCGGCGCGGACGUAUAUUCGUAUGCUCCAGAUGAGAACGAAAUGGUCUUAGAUCCCUAUCUUGCGGACCACCUUGCGCAUUGGGGUAUCAACAUGAUGCAACAAGAGAAAACUGAGCAAACCACCGCUGAACUUGAGCUCAAGCUGAAUGCCACCCACUCGUUUAGCAAAAUAACGGAGAGCGGCUCAGAACUUGAGCCCCUUCACGGUCCGGGUUACAUCGGAUUGGACAACCUGGGCAACAGCUGCUAUAUGGCGUCCGUCAUGCAAAUACUGUUUUCGAUUCCGGAAAUGGAAGCGAGGUUCAAAGACUCUGCCUUGUCUAUUUUUAAGAGCGUCUCUGGGGAUCCUGCUGACGACCUGUUGGCCAUGAUGGCUAAGCUUGCCACAGGGUUGCUUUCGGAGAGGUAUUCAAAGCCGGUACCAUUCUACGAGAAGGAUCCGGCGGGUUCUGUUGAGCUUCGCCUUUCGGCGAAAAAGGAGCUCGAGGGAUAUGGAUCUAUCAAACCAUUUAUGUUUAAAAUGCUUAUAGGAAAGGGACAUCCAGAGUUUCGCAGCCCUCGGCAACAGGAUGCCGUCGAGUUUUUUCAGUACUUUCUCGACAAGAUUAGCAGAGCGGAACGAAGUGGACAGGACCGAUUAUCCAAAGCAAUUGCCGGAGAUAGUGCUUUCGUUCCAACUGCUGCAUUAUUCCAGUUUAAGGUUGAAGAGCGACUAGAGGAUAACCAGUCUGGGAAAGUAAGAUACACAUCUCGGAGUGAGAACACGUUAGGACUUGCCAUAGAUCUGGAUGCGGCCUUGAACAAAGCGCAAUAUGAUGACUACCAGGAACAGCAAAAGACUACACUGAACACCGAUGCGGAGGACAAAGCAGAGCCAGAACCGGUCCAGCUACAAGUUCCACUGUCGGCAUGCUUGCGGCUUUUCGCUGAGCCAGAGCGGAUCGAUGACUUCAAAUCUCCCGAGACUGGCACGAAGGGGUCUGCAAACAAGCGUACCAGGUUGGAGACUUUCCCUCCACACUUAGCAGUUUAUCUGAAGAGAUAUUACAUUGCAGACAAUUGGGUACCAAAGAAGCUUGACGUUGCCGUUCUAAUGCCAGAAGAACUGGAUCUCAGCGAGCUGAAGAGCACUGGGCUAGUAGACGGCGAAGUCUUGUUACCCGAUGUCCCUGAAGUCGAAAGCAGUCAGAAAUCAACUGCACUCGUUCCGGACCCUGAGAUUGUUGCUCAAAUUAUUGCGAUGGGUUUCUCCGAGAAUGGAGCGAAACGCGCGGCGCUGGCCACCAAGAACGCAGGCGCUGAGGCCAGCAUGGAAUGGGUGUUUGCACACAUGAGCGACUCUGACUUUAACGAACCAUUGCCAGCACCGGAAGAUACGUCACCCCAAGCAGGAGCAGGACAAUUCCGCGCCGAAGAUGUGAGUAAUCUUACUGCGAUGGGGUUCACUGACAAGCAGGCACAAGCAGCGCUGAAAGCAACAGGCGGAUCUUUGGAGCGUGCGGCAGACUGGUUGUUUAGUCACGCAGACGACUUAGAUUCAGCAGUCGCGGCGGUGACAAAUGAAUCAGGUAACUCCGGAUGCGGAAGCGGGGAAUCUGCUCUUUCUGGAAGCAUAAUUGACGGAGAACCGAAGUACGAAUUGCUCGGAUUCGCAAGCCAUCUUGGUAGCAAUACGGGUUGUGGCCAUUAUGUGGCACACAUCAAAAAGGAGGCUCGUUUUGUUCUUUUCAAUGACGAGAAAGUUGCUGUUUCCCAAAAUCCGCCCACAGAUCUUGGCUUCUUGUACAUAUACCGUCGAAAGUGA